AUGUUAUCAACCAGUUUUACCAAAUCACUUUUCAGGUACGUCAAAGUAUACGGAAAGGAUCUUUUGGAUUUGGUUUUUAUUUUGGAUGAAUGGCUUAAAGAAGAGCGAGUAUUGCCAUCGAAUCAGAUUAAUAUUUGGCAUCUUGCGCGGCUUCUUAUUCAGUUCGCAUUAGGUAAAGCACAAGGAAUGCGCAACAUUGAUUACAAUCGAAGAGAUAUGAUUUUGACUCCAGUCUUUCCGCAAAUGAUUUUUUCUUUGUCCGACGAACCUGAUCAACAAAUUGGAAGUGGAUUUGACAUCGGAAGUCUAAUGCUUGAAUUUUUGCGAUAUUUGGGAAGUCAAUCAAUUGCUUGCGCAUCCCAUCUCAACCUUCGCGUAUUUGAAGAUAAGAAAAUAAUCGAGCCAAUUUUAUUCAAAAGCUCUCAGUGGAUGCCGGUUCAUCAUGUUGCUUAUCGCGCAUUUCAUUCAAUCGCUGUUUCUGGGCGAUUUGAUGCUCUUCAUUUAUUAACGGAAAAUGAGGACGAGCACAUAUCGGAGAGUCGAGAUCCGAUACUCGUCAAUGAUUCUGUGUUUAUGAGCAAAAACUACAGUGAUACCCCGGUUACUAGACACUGCGUGCUUAAUUGUUUGAAAGAAUGGUCUGGUGUCAAAGAAAUUAUUACACGGGAAAACUCAGGUCGAAAAUCUGAACUUUCUUACGUUACUUCGGUCGGAACGGUUUUGGCGCGGCAACGAUUGGCUAGAUUACUUCUUCUCGGUGGGGAAACAAUUCGUGAUGCGAUUAACAGCAAUACAAUUCCAGUUGAAAAAAAUGAAGCUGAAAAGCUUAAGCCACGCGAUUUGAAAGACUCGAGCGCCAAUACAAAUUCGGGACCAAAAGUGACAACUCCAAAUGAAGUACCGAAAACUGCUGGUGGACCUGCUAUGGCUCCUCGGGAGGCUGAUGAUAACGAAACAAUCAAUGACGCGAAAUCAGAUUGGGGGGCUGUUCACUAA